GCCGAUAUUAUAUAAUGCACAAGUCGAAUGGACCACACCUGGUUACGUCACUGUGAUACAUUAGCACAAAAUGCACAGAAUAAACGCAGGUUUAGUUAUCAAAAGGCAUUCGCUUAUUGAGACGUGUCGGUCUGUUGAUCGGACAAAAUUAAUGUCAGAGUGGAAAUAAAUAUGUGAUUUUACUGGCAAAUAUUCGUUUUUAUACGGAUAUGAAGCUGUUCAUAAUCUUUGUAACCUUGGCUGCCGCGUGCGCUGCCCAGAAAUGCCGAGGCACGUUCUUCAACAACAAAUAUUACAGCAUGGAAGUAUUGAAAGAGGGGCUCAACAGAGUGAAACAAAUGGUCUACAGCAAGAACGAGAACAGCGUCUACUUCAUAUACGACCAAGGAGGGCUCAUAUAUUCAGGAGGAGCAGGCUACUACAAUUUAGACAACUAUCAAGCUGGAUUCUUUAUGGGAAUAAGAAAUGCCACAAGUUUUACCGUUGACGACAAAAAGAACAGACUUUAUAUAGGCUCUGCUGAUGGAUUGUACGCAGUCACAGAUAGAAAUCUACCAGAGAAAUUUCCUAUAAAUGAACCAAUUCUAAGUCUAUAUUUCAAGGAUGAUCUCUAUUUUACAAAUAUACGUAGAAAAGUGUACAAAUUUGAUUUGGACGGCGUGAAAAUGGUUCCCGAAAUGCGUUACGAUUUCGCUGAUGAUAUUGUUAUAGACGAUGAUAAUAAUCUCUUCUUUUUAAAAGAUAAAAAAGUUUUUAGACUGAAAUUGAAUACUGGAUCGCCUGCUUUUGAAGUCACUGAUUUUCCAGUUAAUGUUAUGACUAUGGAUGUAGAUGAUAAACUGUAUAUAGCAACAAAUGAUGGCAUAUUUCUUUAUAAUAGAUACAAGUAUGCAUUAGACAAGAUUUCUAAUUUAAGAAAUGUGAAAGCCUUGGCUUUUGAUAAGCGAUGGGACCCUGUUUAUAUUGUCUUCGAUUUAUUAGUUAGGUUAAAGAAUCCAGUGGAGUGUUAUGAAGAUGAAGACUCGUUUUUCAAGCGAUAAUACUUAGCUGAUACAGUGAAAUCCGUUCAAGAAGAUUUCAUCAUGGAUUUAGUAAGAGUCUUUGUAUCUACUAAUUCCAUGGAUUUCACAAAUCCUUGUUAAAGCGUGAUAUCUAGUUAUAGUAUACUACUUAGGUACAUUAAAAAAAACGGUCAAAUGUGAUUCAAAGUUUCGUUUUUGACAUUAGAAAAAAGAUUCUGAUUUGACCAUACUACUUACUAAUUUGUUUUUGACAUUAGAAAAAAGGAUCCAUGGAUUUGACUACAUGGAUUAGCCAACAUGGAAUUAGUAGGUACUAGGGAGUAGGUGCCUACUAAAUCCAUCGUAUCCAAUUAAAAUCAAAUAUGUUGGCCGUUCCACGUGACACCAUUAUUGAUGCCUAACGAAAAAAAAGAUAAUUUAUUUUCCUAUUUAAAUAGCAUGACAAAGCUGGAAUAAAAACUGAUUUAACUGUGUACUCUAUUAUAAUACAUAGUACUUAGAUAUUUAUUUAACUAUAUCUCAGUGAUAAAUAAAGCACUCACUUACAAUUUCUAAUACCAAUACUUUUCUUUCUUAUCUACCUGUACUGGUUUUUUUUAUCACUGGACAAAUUUUGUGAGCGGGGCAUCAUCAUUAUAUAGUAUAAAACAAAGGCUGGUCAAAACAUCUUCCGUUGCGUUGACGUCCGAUGGAACCACAAUGGAAACCAUAACAACACCUACUUUUGUCCAAAUUACUAGAACGGCGCACGGAGCAAUCGAGUCUAGUCCUUUAGAGCCACAGACCAUUUGCCUUUACUAAAUGGUCUGUGUUUAGAGUCGAGCGCCACUGCUCCGUUGCGACGAUACAAUACGUUGCAGCUCCGUUACAUAGUAUAAAACAAAGUCGCUCCCCGCUGUCUGUUUAUCCCUAUGUAUGCUUAGAUCUUUAAAACUGCGCAACGGAUUUUGAUUCGGGUUUUUUAAUAGAUAGAGUGACUCAAGUGGAAGGUUUAUAUUAUUAUGUAUAUAAGGUCAUAAUAUUCCAUCCGUGCGAAGCCGGGGCGGGCAGCUAGUGAAACAUAAAACACAGCACGUCAUUGCGCACACCCGUUUUAAUUUUUUUUAACGAUGCAUACCAGGAAUUAGUAGGUACUCCGACGAAGUACUUACUAAAUCCAUGGCAUACCUAUAUAUAGGGGGCAGCCAUGGAUUUAGUAAGGAGUACCUGCUAAUUCCAUGGGGCCAGCUAUACACGACAUGGGAAAAAGAACGAAAGAAAGUACUUCACGGAGUACCUAUUCCAGGGUUACGUGUAAUAUAUGUAUAAUAUGUUUUGUAGUAAGCCUAUGUGAUAAGACUGAGUUGGUAUCCAAAGAAAUGGAUAUCAAAAAACGACAAUUUUUUUUCUGUCUCCCAUACAAUUUGGCUGAUCGGACUUGUAUGUAAUGUAUACGCAUGCAGCGCGUAGGAUUCGAACCUGGGACCUUACGACUCGCUCAAACAAAUAAGUAUCUGAAUACCGACAAUGAAUUUAAAAAUAUAAUUUAAAAACAUUACUGACAGAAGUCAUUGCGAAUAGUAAAAAAAAUAGACAGGUUUAUGAAAUAAUCUGUAUUGAAAAUAAUCUGUAUUUGUUCACUAACUCUUGUGUCUUUAGAAAAGAGGAAGGAUGAAGCUACUGAUAGUUUUGGCCACCUUGACUGCCGUGAGCAUUGGCCAGAAAUGCCGCGGUACUUACUUCUCUUACCAAUAUUACAAAAUGGAAUUGUUGAAAGUCAAAUUGCGACCAAUCAUACAUAUGGUAUACACUAAGAAGCACGACAGCGUAUACUAUAUAUACGACAACGGAGAGGUCUGGUACUUCAAUUUGGAUAACCAAGGAUCAAAGUUUAUCCAAGACAUAGUAAAUGCUACCAGUUUAGCAAUCGAUGAUAAAAAUAACAAGGUUUACGUUGGAAGUACUAGUGGACUGUACAAAAUUAACACUAAUACAAAUCUCGCGUACAAAACCUACAAAACAGAGCCAAUUCUAAGUGUAUGUUUCAAAGAUGAUCUCUACUUCACAAACAAACAUAGGAAAGUGUACAAAAACAAUUUUUACGGUGGCAAAAUGUUAUCUCAAAUGCUUAAUGAUGUCGCCGAUGAUAUAGUUUUAGAUAAUGAAAAUAAUCUGUUCUUUAUGAAAGACAGAAAAGUGUAUAGAAUUAAAUUAGAUGCCGGAACGCCGGCGAUAGAAGUAACUGAUUUCCCCGUUAAUUUUAUGACCAUGGACGAAGAUGACAAACUCUAUUUAGCUACUGAUGAUGGUAUACUUCUCUACAAUAAAUACAGACAUGUAUUAGAUAAGAUUACUAAGUUAUAUGCGAACGCUUUAGUCUUUGAUAAGAGACGUUACCCUGUUUACUGUGUCACUGAUUCAUUGUUCAGGUUAAAGGACCCAGUUGAUUGCAUUUUUUAGAUUUGCCUGUUAGAAACCUUUUAGAUCCCAAAUGCAUGUAUUUGGGAUUUCUUUCUGAUAUCACAGAUAUUAUGAAAUAUACAAGUUUUAAAUAAAUACAAUUAUGGAUGUUGUGUAAAAACGAACUAAUCGUUGAGCUCGACAAUAUUGUUAGAUGUUCAGUAGAUUGCGUUAAACAUGUUUAGUCGUUGGCACAAACACACAUGUGUGUUGGUGAUUAGGUUUUUAUGUUAACCACUUAGUCACAAGGGUUGAAUUAUAAAAUCAAGGUAUUCGAGUUGUUGAUUUUUGUAUAGUCCGUCCUGCGUGCCGCCCAUUCGAACAAGCCUUAGGGCCAGGCCAUUCUUUUCCGUCAUCUUCCGUUGCCUUGACGUCCGAUGGAACCACAAUGGAAACCAUAACAACACCUACUUUUGUCCAAAAGAACGACGCACGGAGCAAUCGAGCCUAGUCAUUUAGAGCCACAGACCAUUUGCCUUUACUAAAUGGUCUGUGUUUAGAGUCGAGCCCCACUGCUCCGUUGCGACGACACAAUACGUUGCAGCUCGUGUUUCGAUAGGUUUUGACACUGACGUGCGUUGGAAAAUUCAUACAACUUCUUCGUUGUUCUGCGUUGAUCCAUGGACGGUUGUCAAUAUGUCGGAGGACGACGCAGCGCGUCUGAGCAAUAGGGUCUUGCAGUACCCAUGUUUGGCGAACAUACCCUUUGACGAAGAAAAGUUUUAAUAAAAGUAUUUCAUUGUAUUACGUAUUACGAAUGUAUAAUGUAUUAAUAUUUGUCUUUGCGUGUCGACGCUCGCACUCGUUUUCAGAAUUAGAUUUUGCGGGACAAGUUUUGUGUCACGGUCACAAUUCUUCGGUGUCCAAAAAUUACAUUUUAAACAUUAAUUAACAUUAUUAAAUGCACGCACGCCGAAUUCCUUUCUUCGACUUUUGCUGUAUGGUUGUAUGGAAAAGUUGCGCAUGCGCGUACAUGCGCAUGUGCGUUAUGCCCGUGAAAAAUCCGUGAAAAAUUCGUCGAACAUUGGCGGUUUCAAUAUACAUUGUUGACUUUUCAUUGCGGUAAAUAAAAGCACUCGUGCAAAAUACGCAAUGUACCACGCAAAAUAAUGUCCAGUUUAUAUUAAAAUUCCAUAUAAUUAAGCAGAAGUUGUAAAAUUGCACAAGGCGUAAUAUUGUAGUAGAUGCUCCUUAUUUUGAGGCGAUAGGCCGCAUAAGUUACAAUUAUAUUAUGUGUAAAAAUAUAAUUAUGUACUAAUUUAAAUUAUGUAUUGAAUUAUUUAAUUAAUUAUUU